AUGGAGAUGCAAGAACUGACCGCAUUCCAACAGUCGGAGGAAAUUAUCCAACCAUUCACGAUCAGCUGCGUCGGUGAGGUAAUAAUAGUAUGCACCAAGGAAUACACGCUUGUGCUAAGGCUGAAGUACAGACACAUCGUCGAGGAUGGUGCGAUCUGCUACGAACUGUCGCGCAUCAAAUGUUCCAAUGCGCGCCCAACCGGGGCGCUGUUAGCAAAGGAAGAUGCGCUUUACAACGCCAGCAACAUGGAACAGCGUAGGCAAAUAAUGCUGGAUCAAGCAUUCUUCCCCAACAUCGCCAAGGUGUACAUCUGCAACGUGCAAUCAUGGAUCUCGCCGGUCGGCAUUUUUGAGGACAAUCCUCGCGAUCAUCUCAUAGCGAAUCUAAGCAAUAUGGGUCAGCUCACGAUAUACCGGCUAGAGGAACGAUGGCAGUCGGGGUGGAACACGUACGUGGACGUAUCCGACACGUGGCAGUCGCACAUAUACGAUCAACAUCAGAUCGACACCUUCGAAGAGCUGCAAAUCAUGGUAGACGAGAUGAUGAUAACGUGCUUUUCGUGGGAAAGCGUUAUCCACCAACGUCCGGUUCGGUUCGCAUUCGGUACAAAGUCGGGCAAAAUCGCACUCUGCCAUCUGGAGCCCAACUGUCCGAAGAUCGAACACGUACAUCAGGAGGAGGAAACAUCGCGCGUAAUAAAGUACAUUUCCAUCCAAGGGCAACGGCAUUUUCUGCUGGUCGGACUCGAAAGUGGUCGAUUAGGAGUGUACCGGUUCGGGAAGGACGCUGCCACACAGCAGGUCGCCUAUUGUGCAGAGUACAUUGCCACCUACUUCGAGCAGGACAUUUCCAUCUCGGCAAUCGAGUGUGAAGUGGAGCAAAGUGCAAACGGUGAAGAGCAACUGUUAAUACUCGUGGUAAAAGGAACCUAUUUACUGGCCCUGGAAAUAGCCUUCGAUGGUACACUGCAUGGUAGCGUUACACUUAAUAUAGAGAACUUUAUGGUCACCGGAUUGCAGCAGGUGUGUUCGCGCACCUACAUCGUAACGACGCUGCCGGGAAAGAUUUUUCACAUUUUCAUCAACGGUUCGCGGUCACGCAACGGUAUGCAGAUCGCUGUGCAAGAAGUGAAAAGCGACCUGAACGUAGGAUCUUACGCACUGUACGGAGUUACCGCAUCACGCACCCGUACCGGAUGGUUCUACCUGGGGUAUCCCUCGCGACGAUACGACCACUUAAUGCUCCGUGCGCCCACCUGCAUAUUUUUCUGUCGCUUUAAUCAACAGGAUGCGCUGAAAGCAUUGUUGCUAAAUAAAACCAACAAACUGGACAACUACCACGAUGCAGUGGAGAUGGUUCGAUUUCAUGGCAAUAAAAACGGUGACUUGUUGAAACAGCUGGAAGAUAUUGCACUGGUGCUCUCGUUGGACGAACAUUCGAUGUAUCAGUUGAAGCUACAGCUAAUACAGCUCAGUGCGAAGAUUAGCUAUCAGACGAAGCGCUGUAAAGCGAUUACGGAAAAUCUAAGUGCACAGCAUCAAUUUAUCUGUAGCCUGAUCGAGGUGAUCCAUGCGUGUCGGGUCGUCAAUUGGCUAGCCGACCUAUUCGUCAGCCGUACCGUGCUGGAUCCUUUGCAGCAGAAUGCAUUGCGAUGUUUGCGAAACUUCAUACGUGCCAUCACUGAGGAACCGUACACGGGAGAUUACGGAUACUUGCUGACGGAAUUGCAGCCGGUACUGCGUCAAGUGCUGGAAAGCACAGACCAAGUCUCUACACCGGACAUCAUGCAUGAGGUGUGUUCGUUCUGUGAUGAUCCGAUCGAGGCCGACAGUCAAUGCUGUUUGAAGAGGCAUCCAGUGUUUCGAUGCAUACUGACAAAGAUACAGAUAUCGCUCGAAGAUACCGAGAUUACGUGCGAGAUGUGUCAGCGAUAUUCGGUUCGGCCGGAAUACUUGGGGACGAUAUUUGAGCACGAUACGGCAUUAGUUGACUAUCACAAGUGUUGCGUCUGUGAUGCACCAUUUAAAGAAAUACAAAAUGUCUAG